UCUCUUUUGCUACCCGUGGGCCAUAGGCAAGCAGGGCACCCAGCCAGAAUGGCAUGAUCCUGAAGCCCAACUUUCACAAGGACUGGCAGUGGCGCAGCUAACCCACAGGGCAAAUCUGCAGAAGCAAGGCAGCCAGCAAAAGCAGGUUGCAUGGCCCACUCAUAUGGGCCCAUCCGCCCAUGGUUAGGUGCCCCACGCUGAGGCAUCACUACAAAGCACGAGCUGGCAGGGGCCUCAGCUUGGAGGAGUUAAGGGUGGCUGGCAUUCACAAGAAGGUGGCCCAGACCAUUGGCAUCUCUGAGGACACAAGAAGGAGGAACAAGUCCACCGAGGCCCUGCAGGCCAAUGUGCAGAAGCUGAAGGAGUACUGCUCCUCACUCAUCAUCUUCCCCAGGAAGCCCUUGGCCCCCAAGAAGGGAGACAAUUCUGCUGCAGAACUCAAACUGGAUACUCAGCUGACAGGACCAGAAAUGCCCAUCAGCAAUGUCUACAAGAAGGAGAAAGCCAGAGUCAUCACUGACUAGGAGGAAAACUUCAAGGCCUUGUUAGUCUCUGUAUGGCCCAUGCAAAUGCCCAGCUCUUCGGCAUACAGGCACAAAGAGCCAAGGAAGCUGUAGAACAGUAUGUUUAAAAAAAAA